GACCCUAAAUCUGCAAUGGCUUCUUCUACUUGUUCUUCUUCUUCUUUCUCCCUUCUUCUUUCCAUUGCAUUAUUCAUUUCCUUCUUCCGGCCACCGGUUCUGGUGAAUGGAGACGCCGACUUGAUCCAGAGGACCUGUAAGAGCACCAAACACUACGAUCUAUGUGUUUCAUCUCUCAAAUCCGAUCCCACCAGCCCCAAGGCCGACACCAAAGGCCUGGCUGCCAUUAUGGUUGGAGUUGGAAUUGCUAAUGCCACGGCCACAUCAUCUUACUUGUCCUCUCAAGUGACGAGCAUCAAUGCCAGUGACAUGCAAGUACUGAAGAAAGUCUUCAAGGAGUGUGCUGACAAGUACUCGAAUUCUGGGAAUUCACUGCAAUCUGCAUUCCAGGACAUUGCUGCGGAGUCAUAUGACUAUGCCUACAUGCAUGUCAUGGCAGCUGCUGAUUACCCCAACGCUUGUCAUAGCGCGUUUAAGCGCUAUGGUGCGUUGUCUUAUCCUCCGGAUCUUGCAGCCAGAGAGGAUGGGUUGAAGCGUAUUUGUGAUGUGGUUUUGGGUAUCAUUGAUCUAAUGCUUGCAGAUAAGUGACAGCACUGCCUUGUCUUGCUUUAGUUGUGCUUGUUAACUAAGUUGUACGUCUGUGCUUGUAGAGUAAUUAAUUUUGAUGAUGAGUACUAUCAAUAAUGUGUACAACCAAAUAAGAGAAUCCAAUGCCAGUUUUUGUUCUCUGAUUGUUAA